UUUUGGCUCAGGGUUCGGAACGCGUCCGCCACACUACUCCUCACACAUCGUCCACGUGGGACAGCCUCCCUUGGUAAGCGUCCAUGGCGACCGCAAGGCCUGUGGUGUCCAUCUACAACUUCGAGAACCCCUCGGAGAAGACCGGCACGAUGCCCAUGCCAGUGGUGCUGCAGUCGCCUCUGCGGCCGGACCUGGUGCGCGAGGUGCACCGAGACAUGGCCAAGAACAAGAGGCAGGCCUAUGCCGUGAAGCCCAAGGCCGGCUACGACACCGCGGCGGAAUCCUGGUGCACCGGCCGCGCCGUGGCGCGUAUUCCCCGCGCGCCGGGCGGCGGCACUCACCGCGCAGGGCAGGCUGCCUUCGGCAACCAGGCGCGCGGCGGAGGGAUGUUCAACCCGACGACCAUUUGGCGCCGUUGGCAUCGAAGGGUGAACGUCACCAAGAAGCGCCACGCCGUGGCCUGCGCCUUGGCCGCCAGCGCCCUGCCGCCUCUGGUGAUGGCUCGAGGCCACAAGAUCAACCAGGUGGCUGAACUUCCCCUGGUGGUGAGUGAUGGCAUCCAGUCCUUGACCAAGACCAAGCAGGCCAAGGAGGCCUUGAAGAAGCUGGGCUGCGGCGAGGAGCUGCAGAAGGUCAUUGACUCCAAGAGCAUCCGCGCCGGACAGGGCAAGGCACGCAACCGCCGCUACGUGAAGCGUUUGGGCCCAUUGGUGAUCUACAAUGAGGACAACGGCAUCACCCGCGCCAUGCGCAACAUCCCCGGCGUGGAGUGCGCCCACGUGGACCGCCUGAACCUGCUGCGUUUGGCACCGGGAGGCAGCUUCGGGCGCUUCGUGAUCUUCACUGAGGGCGCGUUCAAGAAGCUCUCGGACAUCUAUGGAACCUUGAAGAGCGGCGCCCCCAAGAAGAAGGGCUACACCUUGCCCCGAGCUGCCAUGGCCAACGCGGACCUCGCGCGUAUCAUCAACAGCACUGAGGUGCAGUCCGUGCUGCGGCCCAAGAUGGAGCGAUACACUCACGGCAUCAAGCGCAACGCCUUGAAGAGCAAGGAGCUCAUGGAGGAGCUGAACCCGGGCUCCACGGAGCGCAGGGCCGUGCAGCUGAAGUCCUCCCAGAAGGGCACUCCGGAGUACGAUGAGGUGCAGAAAAAGAAGAAGGCCCGCAUCGAAGAGUCCAAGAAGUACAACAAGGAGCACAAGAAGGGCGAUGAGACUUUCUACAAGACCUUGAUGAAGGCUUUUGAGGCGAAGGCUGCCGCUGAUGCGGCCAAGAAGGCUGCCGAGAAGGCUGACGACGAGGAGGAUGACGCAUGGCCAGGUGCCCUCGCCAAGCAGAAGUUGGCCGCACGCCCAGUGGCGCCCACAGGUUUGCCGAGCGAUAUCAUUAGGAACUGCUGCCCCAACGACGCCGGGGUCAGCUUGGGCUGCUGCCCGGGCGGCGGCAGUGUGGUGCCUGCGCCGGAGGUGGCGAGCGUGGCCAAGGACUCCAAGAGGCUGUGUGAAAACAACCCCGCUUGCGCUGAACUGAACUUGAAGGGCCUGUGCUGCCCCAAUCCUGCGGGUGCGGCCCUAGGCUGCUGCGACUCAGAGAUUGAGAAGCAGGACAUGUUGGGCGCGGGGCCAGCGCCCGAGUUGGCGCCCCCUGCUCUGGAGCCAGGUCCCUUGAUGACUUUCUACCUCUACCGUGUGGACAACGAUCAGAGGUACAAGUUGAACGGCGUGAACAUGGCGAACUUGUUGGGUGAUGUGUGGUAUUUGCACAACGAGGUGGUCUUCAACUGCCCGAGGAAGUUCAACAUCUCUCGCUUGACCCGCUUCAAAGUGUCCUAUCGCGCCACCCGGGAGCUGCGUGGCCAGGAAAAGAACUUCGACCACUUCGUGGCAUUCGACAAGGCCAAGUGCACCGUGCCUGGCUGCAGCCAGCUCCACUGGGAUCCCUUGGGCUACGUCUUGGGCUGCACGAAGAACGACCCUGGCCGUGUGGCGCUGCCUGGUGAGGCGGCCUGGUACUCCUUGCCUGGGACCUGUCCCAGCAAGUUCUACUUCCAGAAGAGUGCCAGCUGCAUCCAGAACGAGCCCGGCGGCCAGUGCAAGGGCAAGGAGGUGGGGCGUUCAGGGUGGGAACGGGUGAUGGUGAUAUUGACAGCUGUGGCUGAAAGUUGCGGAACGUCACCCCGCAGUCCAGCAAUUUUUGAGACAUGUGACAUGAUGUUCCAGUGA